GCAUGUAAUGUAUGUGGAGCAGGGUACAGUGAGCGCCGACUGCUCUCGCGCCGGCUCUCUCGCCACUUGCCCCCAGAGAGAAGCACUGCCCGGCCACUCAUCGCCCCCUCCCCACACACGCAGGCACGCGGAGAGGUCACUAUCACAUGACAAAGGCUUCGAGACAGCUUCAUCUUCCUCUGUCUGUAAUUUCCAUUUGCCUUCCUGGGUUACAGUAAUGAAAGGCAGUAAUAGGAAUAAGGAGCAUUCAGCAGAAGGAGAGGGGACUGGGAAACGACCAAAGAGAAAGUGUCUUCAGUGGCAUCCACUACUUGCAAAGAAAAUUCUUGACUUUUCUGAAGAGGAGGAGGAGGAAGAAGAAGAAGAAGAUAUCGAUAAGGUCCAGCUUCUUGGUGCUGAUGGUCUGGAGCAUGAUGCUGAUGAAACAGAAGAUGAUGAAUCAUCAGAGCAACGAGCUCGCAGGCCGAUGAAUGCAUUUCUCUUGUUUUGCAAACGCCAUCGCUCCCUUGUGCGACAGGAACACCCCCGUCUGGACAAUCGUGGUGCUACCAAGAUAUUAGCAGAUUGGUGGGCUGUUCUAGACCCAAAGGAGAAGCAGAAAUACACUGACAUGGCCAAGGAGUACAAGGAUGCAUUUAUGAAGGCAAACCCUGGCUACAAGUGGUGUCCCGCAACAAAUAAGCCUGUGAAAACCCAGUCAUCCACUGUUACAAACAGGAAGAAACUGUGGGCUUUCCCAUCAGACUCUGUGAAAGAUUUACCAAGCCCCAAAAAAGUGGCAAAGACUGAAGAUAUGCCUCAGCUUAAUUUUGGAAUAGCAGAUCCUACACAAAUGGGAGGCCUAAGUAUGCUGCUGUUAGCAGGGGAGCAUGCCCUGACUGCACAAGAGGUGUCCUCGAGUACUUGCCAGUCUGAUGCAUCUAACUCUACAGAAGCAUGUCGGAAGUCGCCAUUGUUUCAGCUUGCAGAGAUCUCAUCAAAUACUUCACAGUUGGCCAGUCCUGAGUCAGGGAAGCACUGUGGGAAGUCAGCGCUCUUCCAGUUGGCAGAGAUUUCCUCAAGUACCUCCCAUUCAGGCCCUUCUGACUUAAAGCAAUGUGGAACAUCAGCGUUGUUUCAGUUGGCAGAGAUGUGCCUUGCUACAGAGGCGGUAAAUGUGAAAGAUCCCGAGAAGGUGAAAAUGGAGACAUCUGAGGAUGUGAAAGUAGAAGCCCCAGAGGAAAUGGCAGUGGAAGACCUGGAGAAGGCAAAAAUAAAAGACUUGUGUAAAGUAAAAGCAGAAGAAUGUGAAAUGGUGAAAAUGAAAGAUCAGGAAGAGACAAAAAAUGAGGAGUCUGAGGUUACAAAAUGUAGUCGUUUUACUGAUCCUGCAAUGGACAGCAGUAACUUGGAGGGAUAUGAUGGCACAAAUGCAAAAGAUCACUCAUGCUGUUCUCAAGAGCUUUCCCUUGCUGAAAUUAACAUGCUAGGGCUGACCAAACCAGAAAAGAUGAAGAAGAAAAAGAAAAAAAAUAAGAUGGACCGACACACCAAUGAAAAAUCCACCCCCAAGAAAGCUUGUAAAAAGAGACAGUCUUCUGAAUCAGACAUUGAAAGUGUAAUUUAUACUAUUGAAGCAGUUGCGAAGGGCGACUGGGGAGCUGAGAGACUUGUUGAAAUUCCCCGCAAAAAAGUCCGCCCUGCCUCAAACGUGAAGGGAAGCUUAUUGGACACAAAGUCACCAAAGAAAAAAGUGAAAUCAAAAGAGAAGAAAACAUCAAAAGAAAAACCCAUGGAGACUACCAAAGAAUCAAAGCCUCCUGAUUUUCUUAGUAUUACAGCCAACAAGGAGGUGCCUUGUGAUGAGGUACCUGACAACAUAAAAGUGGAACCAUUAACUCCAACAGAAGAGGUGGUACCACAAAGCUUACCAGGACAGGUCAAAACUGAGGACAGUGACUGUGUUAAAAAGAUAGAAACCUGUGGCUCCAGGAAAUCAGAGAGAUCGUGCAAAGGUGCUCUUUAUAAAACUCUGGUGUCAGAGGGCAUGCUCACAUCCCUGCGUGCCAACGUGGACAGAGGCAAACGAAGCUCAGGAAAAGGCAACUCCUCGGAUCACGAAGGAUGCUGGAAUGAAGAAAAUUGGGCAUUUUCCCAAAGUGGGACAAGUGGGAACAAGAAACUGAAAAGGUCUAGGCCAAAAGAAGAAUUCAUUUUGGGCUUAGCAAAGCUUGAAGAAGAAUUUGAAAAGAAAUUCAACAGCCUCCCUCAAUACAGUCCAGUUACAUUUGACCGGAAAAGUGUAUCUGUUCCAAGGAAAAAGAAGAAGGUUGGAAGCUGCUCAGCAGAACAACCAAAAUCCAACAAAGCCAUACUUUCAGAAGACAAAAACUCCAGUGAGCCUACAUGGAAGAAUAAAAAUUCUAUAUCUACUCUAAGCACUCCGGAGCCAGCAAUGAUGCAUGAACCCUUAGUUGGCAGCCAGAAGAGGAAAGCAAGGAAAACUAAGAUCACCCAUCUGGUUCGAACAGCAGACGGUCGGGUUUCACCAGCAGGAGGGGUGCUAGAAGAAAAACCAAAGGAGCUACUACAGGGUAGUCUCCAGAAGGUGUCAAGUGUAGAGACGGAUUGCAACAGUGAAUGCUCGAGAAACGCAGAAGCAAAAGAAACUCAUAGUAUUACACAGGACAUGCCAGCUGUGUCUGCAUUCUUUAGUCUUGCUGCUCUGGCAGAAGUAGCAGCAAUGGAAAACGUACACAGAAGUCAGAGGGCCACACCUCUCCCACAUGAUGGACAGCCAAAAGAAAUGUCUCAGGCUCCAGUGCUUAUAUCCUGUGCUGACCAGUGACGCUCCACUUUAUUAUAACUCUACUCUAAAAAAAUAUGGGAUCGUAGCUAGAAGGACUUCAUCUGAGUCACAGCAGUGCCGUAUAAGAAAGUGUUUGUGUUAUUGGUCUAGCUGAGAACAAAGGUAGAUGGAAAACUGGGACACUGGACAAGAUCUUUAGAUACAUCACAUGUUAUAAGUGUAUAACAAACUACUGUCUGACAUGUACAACUUUGCUAAGUUACUAAGUUGCCAACUUUAGGACCUAGACGAGACCAACCAACCACCAAACAGAAUUUGACCAGUUAAUUAUCAUAAUCACUUUUAUAAAUGCAACUUCUAAAAAGAAAACAAGCUCGCUAUUUAAUGAUUCCAUAAAAGUCUGGGGUAAAAUUUCCUAAAAGCACAAGGACACUUCAGCACCCAACUCCAUUAGUAGUUGAGCAGAAAUGUCCUUUGCGCUUCUGAAAAUCUCCUCCCUCUUGCUAGACUUAGGCACUUUGAUGACGACUGUUAGCCAUAUCGGAGAGGUUUGGCCCAACCUUUCUUCUAAUGCUGUAUCUUUUAUCUAGAGGCUGUCUUAUUUUUUUACCAAAUGUGACAAGUGGAAUAAACCUGCCUGCUUUUUAGGCAGUACCCUUUUACAGAUUUGCUAUGAGAAGCCAGUCUUUAAAGCCAUGUUGUGAGUCACAAGCCAAAUAAGGAAAAUACAAAUCUAACCUGACUGUGCUUGUGGCCACUGAUAAAGACCAAAAACAUUCAGGUACCACUUGCAUUUAGCUCUCUUGGCUGUUGAGCUCUGUAAAUACAGUGGAUUCUCUUUGUAAGACUUUUCUUUUGUAUAUUUGCUCAUGCUUUAAAAAGGAACUGUGCUAUAAAAAAAGGCUGAUGGGUAUCCUCAGAUGCAGUAUCUCAUCUACAAUACCCUAUAGUGCGAGGUUCCCAUAUGAGACGCUGGUCCAGUUUCAGUUGAUGUCAACAAGAAAAACCACACUGAUAACUAUAUAAGGAAUAGUACACCUGGUUAUUAAAUUAAGAUGACCUGCUGGUUUUUGUUUUUGUUUUUGAGACACAUGGCCUAAACAACCUAUAUUCUCUCCAUUCCCAAAGGAAACCCAGCAGAAUAUUUUUUUUUAAGUUAUAAUUAAUCUGAGCUAUAGCCCAUCAUGAUGCCAGACUCAGAUGCUCUCUUGCUUUCCCUGUUCUAACUGACCUUUUAAAUCUAGAAGGUGUUAUAUAGUUACAGCAAAUAGGGACUUAUUCAACUCUCAUUCUCUGCACAGAGCUCCCAUUGCCAUGAAUGGGAGUUCACACAAAAAUCAAAGGCAGACUCUGUCCCUAAAUGUUAUUAAAAUAGAUUACUUUCACCGUGCAACUUGAUUCUGCUACAUGGAAGCUCCUUUAAAGGAAUCCCCAUGGACAUCAAUGAGAAAUGCUGCUGGAGGUGAGGACAGUAUCUAGAUCAUACCAUUGCAAUAUGAUUACAGGCUUGGGUUCUCAACAAAACUGAAAGGCGGCAUGGUCCCAAAUCCUAUUGCAAUCCUUAACCUCUGGUGGGCUCCUUUGAAAAUUCUAGUCUCAGUCCUCCAAAGUUGGCAAGUAGGAUGACUAUCUUAAAAUACAGCUUUCUGUUAAGCUUACCAAUUCUGGCGAAAUUAAAGGUUUCAGGUUUUUGAGUUUCUAUAAGCAUCCCUGAGUUAGGUAAGUUCUGCCUCCCUGUUACACACAGAAACUGAGAGGGUUAAGUGACAUGCUCUGAGGGUGUAUCUACAUGUGACACUAUGUUGCCAUAGGGGUGUAUUAGGAUGACCUAGAUGAUGUAGCAUCCAUGGGUGUCUGUAUGUGACCAGCAGCUACUUUGCCAUAGCAGUGCACUUCCCCCUUAUAGCGCGCCACUAUGGCAAAAUAUCUGCUAAAAUAACCAUGCGCUGUGAGUACAGCUCAGUACAGGCAGUUAUUGCACCAUGCUUUAGUAUUUCCAGAAAGAAGUACUAAAGCACAGCACAGUAACAAUGUUGCCAUAGGGUAGUGUGUAGACAUGCCCUGAAUGUACAUCGAAUGCACCAGGCAAAGGUGAGAUAAGAAGUAGGAACUGCUGGUUCCCAAUUUCACACCCAUUCCGCUGUCCAUGAGAGCAGUUUUAUUAAAUAUUAAUUUUGCUGCAAAUUAAGCCAUGUCUGCAGCAGCCUGUGAUUUUAACGCCAGCAAAUCUUUGGGUAUGACUUAAGAAUGCAGAGUGUUUUUCCUCUCUCAUUUUGCAGUCUCUCACAACAGAUCCUAAUCCCUCUAACUCCCACUAGUUUCCUAUAUUCGAACCUGGCAGCUCUGCUUAGGAUAAACAUAAAUGGAUUGAAGGAUAUUGCGGCAGUCAGAAAAAGACAAAAAAAGCCUGCAUUCUGCCAGUUUGCUCCCAUUUUGUUCGAGGUCACUCUGAAGCCAGUCUGAAACCAUUCCAGGAUUCAAAAUCCAGGGUUUAGUGUCAGAAACUACAGGAAUUGGCAAGUUUAACAGGAAUAAUAAGAACAGUAAAAAAAAAUAACCCACACCUAAAACCCAGUCCUGUAAGCUCUCCAUAUGUUGACGUUUCUUUUAAGUCAUUGAUUCAAAAAAGGAACGUGUAUCUAAGCUCCACUGCCAUCUUAAAUUUUGCAAGGUGUAAAGUAAGGCCUGAAUAUGUAACUCUAAAUAUAUCCCCCACACUCAGCUAGCAUAACUGCAAUCUGAACUACUUAUUUCUCCAUCAGCUUGAAGAUUGUUAGGCAGGCAAAAAGUGCCUAAGCCAGGUCAUGCAAGAUACAAAAGAAUGUCUAACUUCUCUGUUUAAUGUUUGCUUUUUCCAGGGAUGUUUUAAUUAAGAUGUUGGUGACAUCCUAAAAUUGCUUUUGACUACCUGCCUCUUUUGCUGUUUCAUUAUCUGUCUUGUUCAGUGUCUAUAUAAGUGAAAAAAGAGAGAGAGGAUGUCUGCCUCUUCAUAGGUUAAGAUUGCUGAUUUAUAGUGAUUACAAAGUAGGUGGGUAUUAUCUGGCUUUACUAUCAUGUAAACAGAGUCAAAGACUAAUAGUGAAUUCCACAGUAUUCAUUGUAUUGGUAGGACCAGCUGUCCAUUCACUUAUUUGAUAUCAGGAACACUGCAAAUAGAUCUUACCCUGCCAAGAUAUCUCCCUUAAAACUACUUUGUAAAGUUAACCUAUCAAAAUAGCUUACAAUAUAAUUCAAUAACUGUGUAGUAAUAAAUAUAUAUUCUUCAUAACAAUGUACAAGCACAGUAUAGGCUACUGAAUGUAUUAUACUCAAAUUAUGGCUUCUGUUGAAGGUUCACUGUCUUUGUUGAGACACUGAUGCUUUUAUUUGUACUUAAAUAUAGUUUCUAUUCAUUGGCCUAUGUCACGGGGGAGGCCAGAGUUAGAGCAUAAUGGUUUCUAUGGGCCUAAAAUCUACACGAGAUCCAUCUACACUGAGCUUUCAGUUUGGCGACUUGGAACAUGUACUGCUGAGUGUUGUAAGCUAUGGAAAAUACCUGGUGAAGUAUAAAAACAAAGCAAAACAAUUAUGUAUUACACCAAAAAGUUUCCAAUGGUUAACAUGUGAGCAAUGAAAAAAUGAAGGGUUGUAAUGAUAAUAUUCCUUGCACACCAGCCACUCAUCUUCAGCAAGAGUAUUGCCUGGUUUAAGACUGUGGGAUCAUGGCUGUGGCUUGUUUUCACUGUAAAAGAAUGUGUUGUAUUUUAAACUUUCUGGACUAUUAAGAGCUCAACACUUAUGGAAAUCCAGCCAGCCUGUAACAGUUCUGGAUCUACAUGAAGAGCAAUUAAGUAUGCUGAUAUCAACAUGAAUACAGGUGACCGAUUAUCUAAACCCUUGGCAGAGAGAAUUAAAUAGCACAUGGUUCAUGAACAAACAUUAAUUAAUAUUUCAUGAGCAAAAAGUUUGGAAGGGGGGGGGUUUGGGCAGCUGAAUAGCAUUUCCUUUGAAAGAGGCAUUGUCCUUUCAUUGCUUAUUUUAGACAAAGUCAGUGUAGAAAAGUUUCAUCCUGUACUAGCAUGCACUCUUGAAUUUGCAUUGAGACCUCUCCUCCAAAGUCCAAAUGAGUGAUAACUAGAAACAUAAGACAUAAACUAAUGUCCCAGUCCUGUGAGGUCCAGCUAUACCAUCUACCAGUUGGAUGGCCUCCCCCUGCCAUUGAAGUCACUGCUGAGCUGUUCACAAGAGGAUUAUUAGAUACAUUUCCAGCCAAAGGAACAAGAUCCUCAUAUGAUAUAACGUGAUAGAACUCCACCCACUUCUGUGGCUUCUUGACAUCAAGGAGUUCUGAGCUACACUAAUUGAGAAUUUGGUCCAAAAUAGACUGAAGCAACUAACUAAAAUAAAAAGUAGGAUUUAAUUAUUUACAGUCUAUAAUAUUUAAUUACCAUAAGGAAGGAUAAAUAUGACUGUAGAGGACAGACAGCAUAUCACGGGGAAACAAAAUAUGAACUACCCUGCAUGAAAGUUACUUUGUGAGAGGUGGAAGUUACAUUAUGAGCGGUAAUACAUUUUCCCAGGAAAGAGUGGCUCUUAUUGGGCAUGGUUUGGAGUCCAUAUUUUUCAUGAGAAAAGCACUUUGAAUGAAAAGCUUACAUUAAGAUUAACAACAAAACUCUGCAUGCUUAUACAGGCUAGAUCUUCAUAAUGCUGUCAGGCUUGGAUGAUGUAUUGCAGCAUUAUUGCUAUUUAUAAUCAACAAUUACUAACACUAUAAUCAAGUAAACUUAGUGGUAGCAAUUAUGGCAACAUAAAUAGCAAUCCAUAUGCUAUAAAAGCAUCAUUAUCGAUGUUCUUGGCAACUAUAGCCAUAGAAAAUUUUCACGGGAAGAUACUGGAAGUCUAUAUACCAGCUAGGAUCUGCUAGUCUUUUUAUAUACCAUUUUUAAUAAACUUCCUGAAAUGAAGCUUCGGAAAGGUACACUGCCUCUUUAAAAUUAGUCUAGAACUACAGGUAGUUCACAUUAUUUUUAAAAACAAUAAAUAUAUGUCUAUAUUAAAAUAUAUACAAAUACUUAAGUUGGGUGGCCUACCUUAUGGAAAGGCUGCUGCUAUACAGAAUUCUGAGCUAAUGUUGUACUACCUUGUCCUUCUGUUUUGUAGAUAGUCGUCCCUUAUUAGACGAGGUUAUGUUCUUGCUCCACAGAAGGUGCCUGUGUAUAUAGCUCCUUUGUAUUGCUUUCUGCAGAGUCCCUUAUAUAUUUCUUACUACUAAUGCUGUGUAGAAACUUAAAUCCAGAGAUUUUACUACUGAUAACUAUUCAUCUAAUGCCACUAGCAAAAUAAAGAUUGAGUUGUUUGAGAAACAGAUGAUUUAUAUUGUGUACGGUUUAUUGCCUAACGACUUGUUUUGUGACUGAUUCUUUUUUCUUCCUUCUGGCCCCUGUUGCUUUUUAUUUUUCCAGCUACAGUGUUUACUCCUCAAUUUGAUUAACUAGCGGGCAAUAAAGUAUAUUGUACGUUU